AUGUCUAACUCGACCGCCAGCUACAAGCAGCUCAAGGAAGACUUCGUGUCUGGCCUGACGGGCGGCCCUGUCAACGAGAUUGUAGCGGUGACUGCUGUCUUACCAGUCGCAGCCCUGGUCUGGUCGGUCCUGCAGGCGCGGCAGUCCUUCUUCAGGCCCUACACGGCCCUCGGGUUUGUCGUCGACUACCUUCUCAACAUCGGCGCUGCCUUGCUCGCCAUCACGCUCUAUGCAAACAGCGCAGUCCUGCUCAUCAUACUGCUCCUUGCACCCGCCCUCCUUGUCUGCGCCCUGCCACCUAACACGGGCGCGCGGAGAAAGAAGCCCCAGCUUCCUCCCGCCGCCAAGUCAGGCGGCAGCAGCAGCAGCAGCAGCAGCAGCAGCAACAACAACAAGGCGGGCGGUCGGGACCUUGAUGUGCUCUCGACAAAGCCAUUCCUGACGUUCUUCCGCGGCUCAAUACUGGUCCUUACCUCUCUGGCGAUUCUGGCCGUUGACUUUCGCAUCUUCCCGAGGCGCUUCGCGAAAGUGGAGACAUGGGGCACGUCUCUGAUGGACGUCGGCGUGGGCGCCUUUGUCUUUUCUGCAGGUGUGGUCGCAGCACGGCCCGUCCUCAAAGAACGUGCUGCCCACGCAGGCGGCAGCCGUGCAAUGGUCACGACCUUGCCCAGGCGGCUCGCCAACGCAUGCCGCCAUUCCGUACCCCUCCUUGUCCUAGGCAUAGUCCGCCUGCUUAGCGUGAAGGGGCUCGACUAUGCCGAGCAUGUCACCGAAUACGGGGUGCACUGGAACUUCUUUUUUACGUUGGCCUUCCUGCCGCCGUUUGUUGCCCUCUUCCAGUCGGCCCUAAAGAUCAUCCCGUCGUAUGCGGCCCUCGCGCUCAUCCUCGGCGUGGCAUACCAGGUGGUACUGGAGAGCACCAGCCUGAAGGCCUAUAUCCUCACUGCCCCCAGGGUGGACCUGCUGUCCAGGAACCGAGAGGGUGUCUUCAGCUUUUUGGGCUACCUGGCCAUCUUCCUCACCGGCCAGGACACGGGCAUGUAUGUCCUGCCGCGCAAGAUCAACCCGCGCAGUGGCUCUGGUGGCGCGACGCAGAGGACGACGCUCCUGAUGACCCUGGCUGUGUGGUGCAGCAUAUGGUCAGCGCUGUACUUCUUGGCCACGGAUUAUAACUACGGAGCAGGCCUGUCUGUGUCUCGCAGGCUUGCGAACCUGCCCUACAUCCUGGGCGUGGCCGCCUUGGGCUCGCUGCAGCUGUUCGCGUACUGCCUGGUCGAGACGCUGUGCUUUCCGGGAUUCUACAGUGCUGUGGACAUGAAAUCUGAGAAGGAAGCCUACGAAUUGGCGACGAGCAGGGUGCUCCGUGCCUACAACCGCAAUGGUCUUGCCAUUUUCUUGUUGGCGAAUCUCCUGACCGGGCUGGUAAAUAUGACGGUGCCGACGUUGGAUGUUGGUCCGGUGGGGAGUAUUGGCAUCCUUGUCGCGUACAGCGCAGUCUUGACUGCUGUGGCAGUCGCACUGGAUGCGUAUAAUAUUAACAUUAAGCUGUCUUGA